AUGACAGGCGAACUCGUCCUCCUCACAGGGGGCACUGGCUUCCUCGGAUAUGCCAUCCUCGUUGACCUCCUCAAAAGCGGCUACAGAGUCCGCGCGGCAGCUCGUUCACAGUCAAAGGUGGACAAGGUUCUGGCAGCGCCCUCAAUUUCUGCCCUCGAUCCCUCCUCAGAUCAGUUGACCUUUGUUAUGGUGCCGGAUAUGACAGCCCCUGGCGCGUACGACGAUGCUGUACAGGGAGUCGACUUGAUCAUCCAUGCUGCGGCGCCCCUCCCCUCGGGCGAGGCCUCCAAAGACAAGGCCGAAGAUCCCUUGGUUAAAGUCUCAGUCCAGGGGAAUCUAGCCAUUCUUAGGUCAGCCAACGAAAAGGGCAAGUCAGUGAGACGCAUCGUCAUGACCAGCUCCACGGUGGCCAUUGCCCCAGCAGAGGUCUAUGUCACAGACACCAAGGAACGGGAGAUACUGCGCGGACCUGAUAACCGUGUCAUAUUCCCACCACCGCCUUAUGACUCUCAGCUUCGGGCGUACUGCGCGAGCAAAGCAGCAGCCCUCAACGCGGCCGAGGUGUUCGUCAGAGACAACGCCACGGACUUUGACUUGAUCUCCAUCAUGCCAUCCUGGGUCUUUGGAAAGGACGAGCUCUUCACCGACACUCAAGGCAUUCGAACUGAUUCCACCAAAGUUCUUAUUAACGGCUUGUUGACCGGCAACCAGGGCGUUGCCGCAGUCGGGAACGUUGUUCUCUGUGCAGAUGUGGCUCGGGCACACGUCAGGGCGCUGGACAAAGACAUCAAAGGCAAUCAGUCGUUUAUCCUCAGUACUGAGGUGAACUGGGAAGAUACCAUUCCUGUUGCCAAAAAGCAUUUCCCUGAGGCCUUUGCAUCUGGUCUCUUUAAGGAGGGAAGUCCGCAGCCGACUCUCCCGAUUAGAUGGGACUGCAGCAAGACUCGAGAGGUUCUUGGCAUUGAGCUCGCGACGUACGAGGCCAUGGUAAAGGAAGUGGUUGGUCAGUAUCUGGAGCUGGUCGAGAAGGAGAAGAAAUAG